GGCGUUCCAGGAAACUGAAAUGAGUGAUUCCUGAGAUGAGUGGGUGGAAAUGUCUUGUUUGGGAUUGGAUUUGAGGAACUUUGAUGUCUGAACCAGGUCAGCCGGUUACGUAACACACCUGCAGCCAAGGCUAGGUAAGUCAGCCGCUCCCACCGGGACCAGCACAGCCCCACGGCAGAGCGGCUCAUCUCAUUAACAGGUUAUAUUUAGUUCCUCGCUGAUUCUUCAUCCAGAACCUAAGAGGGUUAAAAAGUCCUGAAGUCUGCUCGGCGCCUGGACAGCAGCAGCAGCAGCAGGACGGAGGACAGACCCAUCUCGGGGCUCCCCUGUGGACUCACUCUGUCUUCUUCCUGUCUGACUCGAGUCCAAACAACCAGCCACUGAGUCCAUCUGUUCUCUAGCCGGGCAACAGCCAUGGGGAACCACGGCUCCAACCUGGACGACAUCCUGGCGGAGGACAUGCACCACUGGUAUAACAAGUUCAUGAAGGAGUCUCCGUCGGGCCUCAUCACGCUGUUCGAGCUGAAGGCCAUCCUCAACCUGAAGGGCAUCACUGAGAACGCCAACAGCUACGUGGAGCAGGUCUUCUUCACCUUCGACAUGGAUGGGGACGGCUACAUAGACUUUGUGGAGUACAUAGCAGCCGUCAGCCUGCUGCUGAAAGGAGAAAUCAACCAGAAGCUUAAGUGGUACUUCAAACUGUUCGACCAGGACGGCAACGGAAAGAUCGAUAAGGAGGAGCUGGAGACCAUCUUCACAGCCAUCCAGGACAUCACCAGGAAUAGAGACAUCGACCCGGAGGAGAUCGUCACGCUCAUCUUUGAGAGGAUAGACGUGAAGGGUGAAGGUGAGAUGACGCUGGAGGAGUUUAUUGAUGGAGCCAAGGAGCACCCAGACAUCAUGGACAUGCUAAAGAACCUGAUGGACUUGACGCCGGUUCUGGAGAUUAUAGUUGAGGGUCGGCAGCCUGCCAUCAAAGACUGA